AUGGAGGUCUUCCGCCAUGUGGGACGCAUCGCUGAUCCUUCCACCGCCAAAUUAUAUCAAGAUACAAUCCGCAAGGUGGUUAAAGGACAUUUGAAUUGGGUAUUCCACGAUGCUAAGCGCCCACAGCGCCUUUGGCACCGGUCAUAUUUGGCGACAGGGCUUCCCAAAGACGGUCCGAUCUUCCAGCUGGAUCAACAAUGCUAUCCUUUGAUUGAACUUUGUGAUGCUUUAGAGUAUAUACCGGACUUGAGAGACUUCGUUAAAGACAUACUUCUUGACCCGACGAUACCAGACAUUGUUGCUCUCCUUUCCGAAAAGAGACACUCAAAGUUCGGAUUAUAUCCCACGGAUGAAACACCGGGCGAUGACCCCGUGGUAUUUCCCUUCCAUUUCUCUAGCCACGUUCUUGUGUGGUACGUUUUCAGCCGUCUUGCAAGCCUAUUGAGAGACACUGGCGACACAUGCAGCCUUCAAGCAUCGAAACUCGAAUAUCUCGCCCAUGAGACACUCGAGGACACCAUCAAGCAUUUUGUGGCUGUUAAUCCAAAGACCCAGACAGAAAUGUUCGCAUACCUCACUGACGGAUCCGGGAAACAUGUCUUCUACCAUGAUGCAAAUGAUAUCCCGACAUUGUUUGCCAAAGAGUGGGGAUUCUGCAAGACCUUCAAACUGGAAGAUGCCUGGGCGCAGACUUUUCAAUUUGCUCUCUCUCCUGGGAAUGUUGGCGGUUUUUAUGGGAACGGACCAUUUGGUGGGCUUGGUAGUGUCCAUACUCGUGGCCCUUGGCCGUUGGGUUAUUACCAAGAGCUUGUGUUUGCAGAGAUGCAAGGGGAUCUCGAUGCGCGGUCCAAGGCAUGGUCGAGGAUUAAAGGAGCAAGCUUCUCCGAUGGGCUGUUUCCUGAAGCCGUAGAUGGACAUACCGGACAAUGCACGAGCAAGGCAUGGUUUAGUUGGCCGGGGUGUAUGAUCGGGUCGGCGCUUCUUCAGGAUCGGGCUGGCCAGGUAUUGCGUCAUUGA